AUGAUAAUCAAAUUGUCGAAAUUAGACUUAGAAAUUUCAGUAACAGAGAUUACUGGGUCUUCUUUAAAUCCAGAUCAUAGUCAUUUUGUUGAAGAUCGUAAUAAGAUAGCUAAAAAUUUAAAAAUAAUCCUAAAUUUUAUCCACAAGACUUAUUCUGGGAAUUUUCAACUUUUCCAUAAAAUUAAAGUUUAUGGUGUACAGAUUUAUAUUUAUCAUUACCUUUCUAUGAAUCUAUGGAAAUUACAAGAAAUAAUUUUUUCUAGUGCCGAAAAUAUUACCUUAUACAUUGAAGAAGUAGGUAAAUCCAGUAAUAGUGAUAGUGAUAACAUUGAUCCAGUAAAACCUUUGCCAAAAAAACAGAGAAAAAAAAUGAUCCAGAGCCUUUAG